AUGUUUCAUUAUUAUCUUUUUUUUCUAUUCAUAUCCUUAAUUAAAUCUUGUCCAUUAAAAACAGUUGACAGUCGUUCCGGUUGUUAUUGUGGUAUUGAAAUCGAUGGUACAAAUUAUAUUCAAUGUCAACCGAAUUCAAUUGAAAUCAUUCCAGAAUUUACUCGUUCAUAUAUUCAUGAUAAAUUAAAUUUGUCAUCUAAUUUUAUACGUAAUAUAACAUAUGAAUCAUUUAAUAAAUUACGAGUUAAAAAAAUAUAUUUACAAAAUAAUUUAAUUGAAUUUAUUGAUAAACAAUCAUUUAAUAAUAAUUUACUUAAUUAUCUUGAAGAACUUCAUAUUGAUAUGUUAAAUAAUGGUAGUUUAGAAUUUCUAUGUUAUGGUACAUGGCAAAAACUUCGUUUACUUGAAUUAUCAGGUUUCAAUUUCGAUCAAUAUCAAAUUUGUUUUGAAAAAUUUUAUCGUCUUGAAAAAUUAAUUAUAAAAAAUUCUAAAAUUAAUUUUUUAUCAUCAUAUUUAUAUCAACUUCCAUAUUUAUAUGAUUUAUCAUUAAUUAAUAAUCAAAUUGAAUAUUUAAAUUUUAAUAAUAAUCGUUUAAUACAUUCAUCAUCAUCAUCAGUUAAAAUAUUUAAUUUAACAUCAAAUCAACUUCGUACAAUACCAAAUGAUUUAUUUCAACAAAUGCCAUUAUUACAUACACUUGAUCUUUCACAUAAUUUUAUUGAAAAUUUACCAAUUAUUAAUCCAAAUAAUUUAUUAUAUAUUAAUUUAAGUUAUAAUUUAAUAAAUUAUAUUCAAUUAAAUGAUAAUGAAAAUAAUUAUGAUUUAUCAUAUAAUCCCAUAUGUACAUUAGAAAAAAGUGAAUCAAAAAAAAAUUUAUUUGUAAAAAAGAUUACUCAGUUACAUUGUGAUUGUCGUUUAGCCUUUUAUCUUGAUGAAAAUUUAAUAAAUAAAUCAAAAAUUAUAGGAAUUAAUCAACCAUUUGAUAAUGAAACAAAAUGUUCAACACCAAUAUCAUUUCAUGGAUUAUUUUUAAAAGACUUAACUUAUGAACAAUUAUUAUCAACAUGUUCAAAUGAUUUGCCUGUUCAUUGUAGAGAAGUUAUUCAUUUUAAACAAAUUGAAAAAUAUACAAAUUAUAUUAUGGAAACGACAACUAUGACGUCAACAAUGCAAUCAACAAGAAACACGACGCAGAUCAAUAAAGUUACUCAAAAGUUAAAAAAUCGUCUUGAAAUAUCAUCAUUUCGUUUGACAUCUUUCUAUACCAGCUACGAAAAUAACAGUUUAACAGUCUAUUGGGAUUUUGAUCCAACAUUCUCAUUGAAUUAUGUAACAUUCAUACAAUUUCAAAUAAUUCUUGAACAAGAUUCUUCAUUAAAUACUCAAACUAUUCGACGAAGUGGUUAUAUAUCACCAUAUCUUAAACAAUAUACUAUUCAUCAUAUUCCAUCAAAUAAAAACUAUUAUGUUUGUUUACUUUUAACACGAUCUUCUUUUGGUACAGAUAAAUACUGUCGAGAAGCCCGAACAAUAACAACGACAACAACAGCAACAACAAUAAUAUCUAAUACAAUUUUAUCUAAACAAGCAUUUAUUCACAUGCUGUUUACCAAUCGUUCUGUUGUAUUUGGUUUUCUAUUUGGUACAAUUCUAACGACUAGUCUCCUGCUGGCAUUAGUCUUUCUCUGUCAUUUACGGUCUAAACGACAAUGUUAUCGACGUGCAGCAUCAUCAUUAUUUCAUCAUCAACAACAAAAACAUUAUUUAUAUGUUGAUAGGAAUGAUGAUGAUGGAACUUAUUCAAAUUCGAUAUUUUCAUCGUCAUCAUCAAAAUAUAAUCAUUUUAAAAGAAGUCCUCCUCGAACAUGUUUUCCAUCAUUACCAUCCAAUCAAUCAUGGUAUCGUCGUGGUCUAACACAAUUACCAACAGCACCACUACCACCAGCUUGUUGUUUUCAUCACCAUCAUCAUCAUCAUCUUACACCGGACACAUCGAUAAGUAGUAGUACAACACCCCGACGCAUUACAUCACUAUCAUCACAAUAUAGCAAUGAAAUGGAUAAAGAACAAAUGACGUCAACAUCAAUAGUGAGUAGCACUAAUUCAGAUGAACAAACAAAUAAUAGUCCAGCUAAACAUGUUUAUGAAGAACUUGCAGAUGAAACGACAAUGUUAAGGCGAAAUAAUAUAACUGAUGUAUUUCUUUGA